AACAAUAAUUGAUAGGCAUCAGCCAAUGAGCAAUAAAGAAGGAGCAAUCAUUGUAUAUGAUAUCCACUUCAUUUCAAUUCUACUCUCCAUUCAUAGAGUCAAAUUUCUCUUCAGCUGGAUUUUUUGGCUUGUUGCUCAUCACCUCUUCAUAUAUUCUUUGCUUGCAGGUGAACUGCAGACGAAGACGGACAUUAUGGCUCUAGUAGAUGCCAUGAUUUCAACUCUGAUACAAAAACUUUCCACAGUCCUUAAAGCUCAGCGUCAGAAUUACCAAUCUGACUUUGAAAACGAGUUUCAAGUCAUGAAGGGGAGGCUUCGUAAUAUAGAAUCCGUACUUGGUGACGUUGAUGGCCGCAAUGAACAAAGCUUCCAAGAAAUCUUUACUCAAUUCAGAGAUUUAAUGUACGAAGCAGAUGAUUUGCUGACAGACUGCUUAGUUGCACAACAACAUUCUAAAAAUGGCCACCUCUCCAAUUUAUUUCGUCCCAAUAAAUUUCUCUUUCGCCUUCAAACAGGCAAGAAAUUACAAGAUAUUAAUGCAAGACUGAAGGAGUUCGACAAUACUUUUGGCAAGCAUUUGAAAAAACGAGUAGAAGGUCCAAGUGCAGAAGAAGACUACAUAGAGCAGCAGAUGAAUAUCCAAAAUCCAAUAUCUGUAUCUGAUGAUGACCAUAAUGAUACAAUUGGACUUGAAAGUGAUGUCAAAAAAAUUAAAGAUUGGAUUUUUGCUCCAAAUUCUAAGCUUCAGAAGGUUGGGAUUGUUGGGAUGGGAGGACUGGGUAAAACUACACUUGCCAUGAAAAUUUUUAAUGAUAGUUUUGUAUAUAAACAUUUCGAAAAGAGGAUCUGGGUGUCCAUUUCUCAAAGUUUUAGCGGGGAGAAGAUCUUGAGAAGCAUCUUGCAGCAAUUAGGAGCUGAACUUGUAGAUCAACAAUUAGAAGAUAUUAAUCAAAUGUUGCAGAAAAUUAUUUUACUGCUGAGAAGAAACACGUGUCUCAUUAUUUUGGACGACUUAUGGGAGACAGGUCUAAAAUUCUGGAUGGGUUUUUUCUCUGCACUACCAGAAAAUGAUUGUGCAGGUAGUAGAUUUAUUAUCACUACAAGAAACAUAGAUGUGGCACAUGCUAUUCAAGUUGACAACAUUCAUCAGCCUAAUGUUCUUAAUGAAAGUGAGAGCUGGUUGUUGUUUUCAAAGCAUGCAUUUGUUGGUAUGGGGGAGGAUAAGAGUAUGAUUGAAAAUUUUGAACAAGUUGGAAAGAAAAUUGUGGCUCAAUGUGAUGGUCAUCCAUUGGCGAUCAAGACAAUAGGAGCUUUGCUUGCAUCGAAAUUGGGUUCUCUUGAUGAGUGGGAGAGUAUUUGUGAUAAUUUUUCUAUAUCCAACAUCCCACAAGAAAAUGUUGCCGUAAUGACUUCUCUGCGACUUAGCUAUGAAGCACUUCCAACUCAUCUAAAGCAAUGUCUGCUAUCUUUCUCCAUUUAUCCAGAAGAUUUUGAAAUACCAGCUAAAGAGCUAGUAUAUUGGUGGAUUGGAGAGGGUUUUAUCUUGGGUGCCAAUAAGUCGAAAACCGUAAUAGAGUUGGGUUUUGAGCAUUUAUCUCAACUUAUCAGUAGAUGCCUUGUUGAAGUUGUGAAAAGGCGAGGAUUUGAUGGAAGAGUCUAUAUCUGCAAAAUGCAUGAUCUUGUGCGAGACUUGACUCUUAUGAUGGCAAAUGAAGAGAAAGUUUGCUGUUUCGACAUAGAAGGCAAGCAAAAAUUGGAUAAGGAGACACGAUGGUUAGGUGUUGCAGGUGAAAAGAAUGGAAACUCAUUGAACAAAAGUCCAAACUUGAGGGCAUUGUUUGUAAUGACUAGUGAUAAAGCUCCAUUGAACCACGGGUUGGGUUCACUUCUUUCUCUUAGGGCAUUGGACGUGUCUAACAAUAAGCUAGACAAUGCUGCUUUGAAGAAUCUUUUGACUUGGAUUACUUCACUCAAACGCCUUGCAUAUCUAAAUAUAAGCGGAGCGAAGGGGCUCCAAGAAAUACCAGAUACUAUAUGCAAACUCCGGAAUCUGCAGCUCUUAGUUUUAACUGGAUGUCCUGAACUUUACAAAAUAAGCCCUUUAGUUACCCAACUAAAAAGAUUACUAGUUUUGGACUUGAGCUAUUGUGAUAAGCUUCGAUACCUACCUCGUGGAAUAGGGAGGCUUGUGCAACUUGAACAACUAUCAGGACUCAGACUCGCACCUCAAGCAAACAAGAGCAGUUGUCAACUUGUUGAGAUUGAAGAACUAGUCGAGUUAAGAGUACUGCAAUUGAACUUGAGCUACGACAGUGAAAUAACAGAAAAGGAACGGGAUGUCCUGUCAAAACUGAAGAAACUGGAAGUUCUAGCCAUUGAUUUUGACAGUGAAAUACAGGAGUGGGAGAGAAUUGUUGAAAUGUUAGAUCAUAUUUCACCUCCGGAAGGACUAAAGGAGUUGUAUCUAAGGGGUUACUAUCAUGAAACCAUGCCUAGAUGGUUUAGACCUGAGAAUUUCCCUAAUUUAGCUUAUCUUUGCAUAGAAGAAGCACACUUGGUUCAAAUCUGUGCAAAUGACAGUAAUAGUAGUUGGAAUUUGGAAGGUUUGCGGUUGAGGCUGUUGCCAUACUUAAAGAUGGACUGGAACAAUUUGAGAAAGGAAAUGCCUUUACUAUGCUAUGCAGAGGUGAGUGGCUGUUAUCAAAUAGUCAAUUUUCCCUCUUCUACAGACAAGCCUGGGACUUGUAUCUGGAGGCGAAAUUAAUAAUAAAAUGGAAAAUCAAUAAUAAUAAUUGUAAUAUAUUAUGUUGUUACAGAGAAACUGAAUAUGUUGUGUACUUGUUAUGUUCUGAGUUGAAUGAUGCAUGUAAUAGUUAUAAUCCCAUUGUGUUGAACUUAUGUUUGUAUCUUUUUUUGAGCUUGAUUUGUAAUUUCUCUUUUGGAUGGUAACUUUUUUUAUGUUCUGA